ACUUUUCUUGGUCUCAACUCUAUAGCCAUUUUUUUUUCACUGCGAAAAUUAAGUUUGACGUGAGAGCCUACAAAAUUUUCGAGUGCACUACUUCUUACAGAAAAAUACACUCAAUAACCAUCUACAUGUAACAUGUUCUCAUUGAAUUCUUUAAACACCCAAAACCAGAUUUUAGUUAGUUUUAGCCAAUUAUCUUCAAGAUACUCAAGUGUUUUCCGACAUCGUAAGCAAAACAGUGGGAAAAGUAAAAAUGUGAGGGGGCAAGAAAGCUCGGCAGCAGUGUAUGACGCAAUAAUUUGUAAGGAAAGUCUUGAAGAAACUAUCAGGAACUUUGAUAAGAAUGUCUUAAGUGAGAUGAGAAGCAUAGAGCUUCGUACUCUCGCGAGUAAGGCGUGCCGUCCGCGUCUCCGCGAGCUAGCGUCCUCCCGCAAGGUGUCCCACGUCUCCGCAGACACCUUCGACAAGAACAAGAAUGGCUGGUCACAGCUACCCACCGUCACUGUGCAUCUCUCCAAGAAGAAUACCAGGUUCAGCUUCACAGACAACUUCGUGGGCCUGCUGGCGCGCAGCAUGGAAGGGCCCAGCUUCCAGUACGCGGUGCAGGUGCGCGGGUUCAAGACCGAGCGCGCCAUACACGCAGACCUCAAGCGGAACCCCAACAUUAUCAAUAGAUUACGCCUAGGCACGCAGGACCCCGUAGAUAAACAGCAGCCCCCGAACCCCGAGGUGGCCCCCAGACUAGAGAAGCUACUCAACGAAGACUCCUCACACCUCACGCAUCAACAGAAGGAUAAGAUCAAGAUCGCCUUCGCUGAGGGGUACCUCGCAGGUUCUCACCCAGACAACGUGCGCGGUACGAAGGCGUCCAAGUACCUGAAGCUGGUGCAGCAGCUGCUCACCAUCGUGCUGUUCCUCGCCAUCUUCGUCAGCCUCAUGGCCUCCGUCAGCGGCACCGUCUUCCGGAUCCAGUUGGGCAACCAAGUGGAGGUGGACCCGGAGGACAUCUCCGUCACAUUCGACGAUGUCAAGGGAGCUGAUGAGGCGAAACAGGAGCUUAAAGAUGUCGUUGAAUUCCUAAAGUCCCCGGAGAAGUUCUCAACACUAGGCGGCAAGUUGCCGAAGGGCGUGCUCCUGGUGGGCCCGCCGGGCACGGGCAAGACGCUGCUGGCGCGCGCCGUGGCGGGCGAGGCGCGCGUGCCCUUCUUCCACGCCGCCGGGCCCGAGUUCGACGAGAUACUCGUCGGACAGGGCGCCCGCAGGGUGCGGGAUCUGUUUAAGGCGGCCAAGGAGCGCGCGCCGUGCGUGAUCUUCAUCGACGAGAUCGACUCCGUCGGCGCCAAGCGGACCAACAGCGUACUGCAUCCCUACGCCAACCAGACAAUAAACCAGCUCCUGUCGGAGAUGGACGGCUUCCACCAGAACGAAGGAGUCAUAGUCCUCGGCGCCACCAACCGACGGGACGACCUCGACCAGGCGCUACUGCGGCCCGGACGGUUCGAUGUCGAGGUGAACGUCCCGACCCCAGACUACGGCGGGCGGCGCGAGAUCCUGGAGCUGUACCUGGCGCGGGUCCGCGCGCACCAGGACGUGGACCCCGACGUACUGGCGCGGGGGACCACCGGGUUCACCGGGGCCGACCUCGAGAACAUGGUCAACCAGGCCGCGCUCAAGGCAGCGAUAGACGGUGCGAAGACAGUGUCGAUGAAGUACCUGGAGGACGCGCGCGACAAGGUGCUGAUGGGCCCGGAGCGACGGUCGCGGCUGCCUGAUGAGGAGGCCAACACCAUCACUGCUUACCACGAGGGGGGACACGCUAUCGUCGCCUAUUUCACUAAGGACUCCCACCCGCUGCACAAGGUGACCAUAAUCCCGCGCGGCCCGUCACUCGGACACACCGCAUACAUACCCGCCAAGGAGAGAUACCACGUAACAAAACAGCAGCUUCUGGCGAUGAUGGACACCAUGAUGGGAGGCCGCGCCGCUGAGGAACUCGUCUUCGGACCCGAGAAGAUCACAUCAGGAGCGUCUUCAGACCUGAAGCAGGCGACGGCGAUAGCGUGCCACAUGGUCCGCGAGUGGGGCAUGAGCGAGAAGGUCGGGCUCCGAGCACUCGAGCCCGCCAGGCCCGCGCUACAUGGCGCCGAGCAACUGGGGCCCUAUACUAAUGAACUGGUGGACGGCGAGAUCAAGAAGAUCUUGUCGGACAGCUACGAGCGUGCCAAGGCGAUACUACGCAACCACGCCAAGGAACACAAGGCAUUAGCAGAAGCAUUACUAAAAUACGAAACAUUAGACGCAGACGACAUAAAAGCCAUUAUGAACGGCGAGAAAAUCAAAGUGGAGCGGCACGGGCGGCCGAGCAAGGAGCCGGCGCCCAGUUCGGCCCCGUCGGGCCCCGCCGCGCCCGGGCCCGGGCCCCUGCUGGGCGCCGCGCCCGCGCCCGCGUAGCCACCGUGACAAUUGGAAAUUUUGCAGGCCACUGUUAACAUUUUAAAUAAAAAUAAGUAAAACAUGCAAUUGAGUUAGUCGACGUUUGAUUGUAGAUAGUUUUGAAACGGAGAUGGCGGUUUUUAUGUGAUAUUGGGCCGCGUUACGGUUUUUUUUUGGAUGGUUUACCGCGAUACAGCGAGGUUUACCUACUACUGUUAUUGAACACGUGAUAUUUUCAAUCUGAAGUCCUAAAUUUUCUAAAUUACAAAUUUUGUAGCAACUUUUUUUGUUAUAGUAUUUCAAGUUGUUUUUCAUCAAACCGCGGUUAAUAAAUACCGCUGCGGUUUAACCGUAAUGCGGUCUACGCCUUAGAGGUGAUUGGACGGCCAAAUGUUGACAAAAAAAUUGACGUCACAAUUAAAAUAACUUCCUAAACUUAAAUGACUAGUCCCGAAUUGUGAUUGGCUAUCUACUAAAGCGAAGAAAGUGCUGCCAUCUUUCGCCAGUUGUUGGAAAACUUCAUCGGAAAAGUACUCAAAUAUAUUAAUUUUAUAAGUUGUAUAUUGCUACUGGGUCCCUUUUGAUACAGAAGAGACGAUGGGAGCUUAUAAACUAUUUAUAAAUAAUGUUAUAUUCAUAAAACGAUAAUAAAAUAACAAUGUUACAACUAAACAACAUAGAUUCUUCGUAUUUUCUACUUCUGUUCGGGUCAUAUUGGUCAUAGCGUGAUGUUUUAUAGCCUACAGCCUUCCUCAAUAAAUGGACUAUCCAACACAAAAAGAAUUAUUAAAAUCGGACCAGUAGUUCCUGAGAUCGCGUCUACGUAAAAAAUAAUCUUUACAAUUCACAAUAUUAGUAAAUUUUGAAAGAAAAAUAGACUCUAUUACAAGUGACAGUGUGUUUACAAUCGUUUUAUGAAUAUCACAAUCGACAUAUAAACUUACUAAGUGAUUAUUUAGUUUUGAAAAUAAAAUUUUAAACAUGUACAGA